GAGAUUUAUAAAACUAUUCAAGUUACUAUAUUACUGUGCAUUAAUGACGGUGUUCUACGUCACGCAAAUAACAACACGGACCUUACGAAAAGGUUUCGGAAUUUCACGUCGCUUGCUGAGGUUUCAUACUGGCUAAAUGCUAAUUUUGUUUAGUUUAAUACAUCGUGUGUGUGAGUAUUUGAGUGAGUGUGUGUUAUGGCUUACUCGAUGACCUCCAGAUUUGUCUUGUAUCGCCGUUGGUUAUCAAGAAUAAGCAGAACUGUCUCUGCUAGCGACCGUGAUCAAAGAAGUUUCUGUCCGUGUCAAGAUGAAACAUCCUUUUCUGCGUAGACAAACCAACUUUCCUCGGUGGAAUGCAACGAAGGGACUUUUCUCCCGGGGUGGUGGGGCAGCUGCCGAGCAGCAGACCUUGAAAGACAUCGCUGAGAACAUGCUAGAGCACAAGUACAAGAGAGUGGUGGUGAUGGCAGGGGCAGGGAUUAGCACUCCCAGUGGCAUCCCCGAUUUCAGGUCUCCCGGUAGCGGUCUCUAUGACAACUUGCAGCAGUAUAAUCUGCCUUAUGCAGAAGCUAUUUUUGAAAUUGCGUUUUUUCAUCACAACCCGAAACCAUUCUUCGCCCUGUCCAAAGAGUUGUAUCCAGGAAACUACCAACCUAAUCUCACGCACUAUUUUGUGCGACUGCUUCACAAGAAGGGUCUUCUUCUCAGAAUGUAUACACAGAAUAUUGACGGCCUGGAAAGAUUGGCCGGGAUUCCCCCCGAGAUGCUCGUGGAGGCCCACGGUACGUUUGCCACAGCCACAUGUACUGUCUGCCGAAGGAAAUAUGAUGGAGAGGAUCUUCGUCCAGACUUGAUGAGCGGAGUGAUUCCCAAAUGCAUGACGUGUAAGGGCAUUGUAAAGCCGGACAUCAUAUUUUUUGGAGAGGAGCUGCCACUUCACUUCUUCAAGUACGUCACGGAUUUUCCCCUUGCAGAUCUACUGAUCAUCAUGGGCACAUCACUGGAGGUGGAGCCCUUCGCCAGUCUGGCUGGAGCUGUGCGAGCCUCUGUUCCUCGGCUGCUCAUCAACAGGGAUUUAGUGGGUCCAUUUGCAAUGACGAACAGUCGACCCCGCGAUGUUGUGCUGCUGGGUGAUGUCGUGAAUGGCGUCCAAACUUUGGUCCGUGUCCUCGGUUGGACUCAGGAACUGGAUGCUUUGAUGGCAGCUGCUGCUGAGAAAAGUUCAACAAAGUCAAAUGAAGAAUAAUGAGGAAAAAUGACAAUCAAAGGAUCAACACUUUUCCAGAAGACUAUGUGGACCACUUCAACUGAUUUCACAUAAAUGUAGGCAACAAAAAUAAAACCCCUUUUUCACGCUGUCUAGUAGAUUAGGAUCGUUAGGCUGUAAACCAAACAGCAGAGCUUCUCACAGCACUGGAUCCGUUCAAUGGACUGCUGGAAUUGUACACAUUGUUGCUGGCUGUCAGACAACAUUACAGAUGACAAAAAUUAAAUCAGUAAUGAAACAGUU